CGUAUAAUGGAAUUUAUACCAGAAAAUGAAAUUUUACAAUUUAAAUCCGAUACAUUAGACACUGUAAGGAGAAAUAUAAAUUUAAAUAAGCCCGGUGAAAUGAAGGCGGCCAUUAAAAUUUUAAGGGAAUGGAUACAACAACAACCACAUCUACGGAAGAAGGAUUUUCGUGAUUUCUUCUUAGAGACCUCAAUCGUUGGAUCGAAAGGAUCGAUUGAGAGAGCAAAAAAACAAAUUGACAAAUCUUGUACUAUGAGAACAUUGUUGCCACAUUUUUAUGGAGAGUUCAAUGUGAAAAAAGAUUUCGAAUCGUUAUUUACAUCAUGUCAUUCAGUAAUAUUGCCAAAACAAAGCAAAGAUGGUCAUCGAGUGUAUUUAGUUACUUAUUUUGGAAAAAUCGAAAAUUCUACACAUUUUCUGAAUUUAUACAGAUAUGCAAUCAUCCUGGCGGAAUACCUAUACAAAAUCUCACGAUUACAUAGAAAGUUUUCAAAUAAUAUUGGACCUGAGAACUGCAAACAUGAGCGAUUUCGUGACCAAAGUAAAUUUAGUGGAAUUAAAACAAGCUAUUACAAUAUUCGUGCAUUGUUACGGGCUUCGUCUGAUAGGUAUGUACUUGCUAUCAACAUCUAAACUAGUGGAUGUAUUUAUUGGGCUCUUAAAUCAAAUUCUGAAGCCAAAAAUAAUGAGUCGUCUCCACCAUUAUCAAGAUUGUAAGGAACUUGUACGAAUCAUUGGAAAAUAUGUUUUACCGAUUGAAUUAGAGGGCACUGAAAGAUCAAUUCGUGAUAUUCAGAAUGACUGGAGAGAUAUUUUAUCUUCAAAGGAACAUUUGGAAUAUGUAAGAGAAAUGAACUUAGGCACUACAGAUGAGAGUUGUAGGCCGAUCGAUAAAUUGGCUCAAGAUUAUGAUGGAGUACCUGGAUCUUUUAGAGUUUUAAAUGUGGACUAGAAUCUUUAUUAUUUGUAUUAAAUUACGAAUAUAUUUGCAAAAUAUUUUUAAGGAUAUCGUCCAUUGAGUAUAUUGUGUUUGUAGAUUCAGUGUUUAUUAUCUAUACAAUUAAAGCUGAAAAUAAUUAUUAUUUUGUAGUUACGAUUGAGGGUUAAAUACUUAAAACAAAGCCAUAAUACAUUAA